GUGGCAAUCACUCGUUGAUUUUUCUCUACAAACCAUAAAGAUAUUGGUACCCUUUAUUUAGUAUUUGGUGCAUGAGCUGGAAUAGUCGGGACCGCCCUAAGCCUACUUAUCCGAGCAGAGCUAAGCCAACCCGGGGCCCUACUAGGGGAUGAUCAGAUUUAUAAUGUAAUUGUCACCGCCCAUGCAUUCGUCAUAAUUUUCUUUAUAGUUAUACCAAUCAUGAUUGGCGGCUUUGGUAAUUGGUUAGUUCCACUAAUAAUUGGGGCACCCGAUAUAGCCUUCCCCCGAAUAAACAAUAUAAGCUUCUGGCUUCUUCCGCCCUCUUUUCUUCUUCUCCUUGCCUCAUCUGGGGUUGAAGCAGGAGCAGGCACCGGAUGAACUGUUUAUCCACCCCUUGCAGGUAACCUCGCCCAUGCAGGAGCAUCAGUAGACCUUACUAUUUUCUCCCUUCACUUAGCAGGAGUUUCCUCAAUCCUAGGGGCAAUUAACUUCAUCACCACUAUUAUUAACAUAAAACCACCCUCUAUUUCCCAAUACCAAACACCCUUGUUCGUCUGAGCCGUCCUAAUUACUGCUGUCCUCCUUCUAUUGUCACUCCCAGUUUUGGCAGCCGGCAUUACAAUACUCCUCACAGACCGCAACCUUAAUACAACCUUUUUUGACCCUGCCGGAGGGGGUGACCCAAUUCUUUACCAACACCUGUUUUGAUUUUUCGGCCAUCCAGAAGUAUAUAUUCUUAUCCUCCCGGGGUUUGGAAUAAUCUCCCACAUUGUCGCCUAUUAUGCCGGUAAAAAAGAACCCUUUGGUUACAUAGGAAUAGUUUGAGCAAUAAUAGCAAUCGGCCUACUAGGGUUUAUCGUAUGAGCCCACCAUAUGUUUACAGUCGGCAUAGAUGUAGACACUCGUGCCUACUUUACCUCAGCUACCAUAAUCAUCGCCAUCCCCACCGGAGUCAAAGUAUUCAGCUGAUUAGCCACCCUUCAUGGAGGGGUGAUCAAAUGAGAAACACCCCUACUUUGAGCCCUUGGUUUUAUCUUCUUAUUUACAGUAGGAGGCCUAACAGGUAUUGUAUUAGCGAACUCCUCCUUAGAUAUCGUCCUGCACGACACAUAUUACGUAGUAGCCCAUUUCCAUUAUGUAUUAUCCAUAGGAGCCGUAUUUGCUAUUAUAGCAGGGUUUGUACACUGAUUCCCCUUAUUCACAGGGUUUACACUUCACAAUACAUGGACAAAAAUUCAUUUUGGGGUAAUAUUUGCAGGUGUGAACCUAACAUUCUUUCCCCAACACUUCUUAGGUUUAGCCGGGAUACCUCGACGAUAUUCAGACUACCCAGACGCCUACACACUUUGAAAUACCAUUUCAUCUAUUGGGUCUUUAAUUUCCUUAAUCGCUGUAAUUAUAUUCCUAUUUAUCCUAUGAGAAGCAUUUGCGGCCAAACGGGAGGUGUUAUCUGUAGAAAUAGUCACAACAAACGUGGAAUGGCUACAUGGCUGUCCUCCGCCCUACCACACCUUUGAAGAACCCGCAUUCGUUCAAAUUCGCUUGAGCUAA